AUGAUAGUGGCCUAUUUACAAAAUGGUGCUGCUGAUAUGGCUCGUCAUCUGUUUGAUAAAAUGCCGGACAGAGAUGUUGCUUCUUGGAAUGCCAUGUUAAGUGGGUAUGCACAAAACGGAAUGCCUAGGGAUGCAAUCCAACUGUUUCGGGCUAUGCAAAUUAGCAAGUAUAGGCCUAAUGAGAUCACACUAAUAAGUACCCUAUCGGCGUGUUCUCAAUUGGGCUGUCUGUCUCUGGGAGCAUGGAUUCAUGCCUAUAUCAUCAGAAGCGGUGACAUUAGCUUUACUUUUACUUUAAUUAAUUCCCUCAUCCAUAUGUAUGCAAAGUGUGGUCGAUUGGAUAUUGCUUAUGAUGUCUUCACUGGGAUCGGCCCUAGGAACUUAGAAACUUGGAAUACUAUGUUGACCAGUUUUGCCAUCCAUGGGCGUGGUAUGUGUGCUCUGUCUCUUUUCUGUCAGAUGAUGAAGAUGGGUUUAAUGCCUGAUAGGAUUACUUUUCUUGCAAUUUUGAUGGCAUGUAGUCAUUGUGGUAUGGUAGAUCAUGCCUAUAAAUGCUUUGACUGCAUGUGCCGAGUGUAUGGUCUUAAACCUCAGGCUGAGUAUUAUGGAUGUUUAGUAGAUGUUCUCUCCCGCAGCGGCCUUUUAUUAGAGGCAAUGAUGGUCAUGGAGGAAAUGCCCUUUGAACCUGAUAUCAGUGUAUGGGGUGCCCUACUAGGUGGUUGUUUAACUCAUCGAAAUUACAAACUGGGCAUACGCGCUGCGAAUCACCUUCUGGAGCGAGAACCAUACGAGGAGUCUCGUUACAUAGCCCUGUCUAAUCUUUAUGCCAUGGCAGGGAAACUUGAGGAAGCUGUCAAGGUGAGGAAGGUGAUGAGAGAUGCAGGGAUCAAGCAGACAUCUGGAAGUAGUUCAAUUGAAGUUGAUGGUUUUAUUCAUGAGUUCUUAUCUGGGGAUAGAUCACAUUAUCAGUCAAUGGAGAUAUACUCCAUGGUUGAGAUAAUUGAUAGAUCGCUCGAGUUGGAAAGUGGCAGAAGUCUUUCGAAUAAAGAAGAUUAUAAAAUUUCAAGGAGAUGA